AGUUAUGAGCCCGGUCCUCUAUCAACUCUUUCUUAUUUGAAGCUUUGAUAAUUUCCCCUUGAAGCUAUAUUGUCGUCAUCCAGACGUUGAAUUACCAGAAAUCGAGCCGAAUUACCAACAAGAUGUUGGAUCGCCACUCCGCCGCGAAGGUCUCAGUCAUCCUGAGGACAAGGGAUGAUUGGCAGAGUUGGAUUGAAGAUAUUAAGUCAGUUGCUUUGCUCAGCAAGGUAUGGGGAUAUGUUGAUCCUAGCAAACAAGAGGACGAGCUAGAAGAGAUCCCUAUAGAACCAGAGAUCCCUGCAGAUGAUGCUACAUCCGCAGAGAUCAAGAUAUUUGAAAUCAAAUAUAACCAAUAUCAACGAAUCGACCGAGGAAUUGCUGCAAUUAGUGAGGCAAUCCAUAACUCACUAAGUGCUCCGCUAAAGCAUUUCUAUAUCAACAAUCGGGAGUCACCAUACAAGGUUCUGAGAGCCUUGAAAAAGCAGUUUGCUCCCAAAGAUCAGGAGCUUCAGAUGAUGGCCAUUCGACGCUAUCAGAAAGCUAGGUCAAUGCCAAUCAAACAGUCAAAUCCUGAAGCAUGGCUUACUGAGUUUGAAAGCGCUUAUUAUGGGAUGAAACAACAUGAUCUCCCAGAAGCCCAGGACAUGUAUGUGAUCAGAGACUUCCUAGGUGCAGUCAUGAAAGCCUCAAAAGAAUGGGCUAUGAUCAGACGGAAUCUGCUGCAUCAGUCAGAAUAUAAGAGCCAGACAAUAGCUGAUACGAUAGCAGCCUAUCGAGAAUAUCUGUCUGAUGAGAUGCUAUAUCAAGAUACCAAGCUUGAUGUUGCAUUUGCUGCCAGCCCGACGCUCCAAGGAGCUGGAAUAUCAAACCAGACAAACCGGACAAAUCGAGUACCAUAUUACAUGUGUGGUCAAAAACAUUUCUUCAGAGAAUGCCCGUAUGUGGUCAUAUCAAUAAGGAAGCCAGAUUUCAUGGAAGAACCAGAGAUCAGGAAGAAAUUUGAUGAUAUCCUGAAGAUUCCAGGUGCCAAAUGCAAUAUGCUGAAAAAGGCAAUGGAACUGAACAAGCAAACCACUGUACAAAACAAGGAAACCACUGUACAGCAUGCCAUGGCUGCUAUAAUGGUAGGGUUCUCAGCAUCAGAGUAUUCAAUGCUGAAGGAGAGCUUUAUUCUAGACUCUGGUGCCACAGUGCAUAUAUGCAAUGACAAAACCAGGUUUAAAAAGCUGAAACAGGAGCCAGCAGGAUAUCUGCGCGCUGGUAAUGCUGUUGUACCAAUUGAGGGUACUGGGGUUGGUGACAUAUCACCAAAUUGCCGAGGAACCUCAAAUGUCAUGAUAUCAUUGCAAGAAACUGCCUAUGUGCCAGGUUUUCAUACCAACAUCAUCUCUGCAAGCCGCAUGAAGCGGGCAGGCUUUAUAUGGGAUUUUGCAGAAGAUAGGGUGGUUAAAAACGGCCAUGAGGUCUGUCGACUUGCAGAAUAUCAAGGACUUUGGGUGGUGGAGCAGAACGGCGGAAAUCGGGCUUAUGCACCGGCCAAUGAGAAUGCUCAUGCAGUUAGACCAAAGACAUCUAUAAAACACUCCAGCAAACCACUAAUAUUAGCAGGCAACACAGAUAUUUGGCACAAACAAUUUGGUCAUCUAAAUCAUGAAGCCAUCCGACACCUACCAAAUGCUGUUAAAGGCAUCCAAAUCGACGAUGUCGAACCACCCAGGAGCUGUGAGACAUGCAAAUAUUCGAGCGCACCGCGCCAGAUAUCUCGAAGGCCGGCAAAUCGAGCAACUCAGGCAUUUGAAAGGGUCCAUUUCGACCUCAUUGAGUUUAAUAAAGCAUGGAACGGAGAUCGUUGGUGUACGCAUUUCUAUGAUGAAUUCACCCAUAUGCAUUUUGUGUAUACGCAUGGCAAGAAGAAUGGCUGUGUAGAUGCUGCAAUACAUCUAGUUGCCCUGAUUGAAUGCCAAUUUGGGACAAAAAUGAAGUUCUAUAAAUCCGAUAAUGAGCAGACACUUGGAGGAGCAUUUCGUACCUUCACCGAUCUGGAAGGCAUUAUCCAUGAGGUCUCUGUGGUUGCUACCCCAGAGCAGAAUGGCUUUGCAGAACGCUCAGGGGGUGUUUUGACAUCUCGAGCACGGCAUAUGAUGAUUAAAGCAAGGUUACCACUUGAUAUGUGGCCAGUCUCGAUGAAGGCAGCAGCAUAUAUUUUGAAUCGAACACUAAUAAGGAUGUUAGGAUGGAUAACGCCAUUUGAAAAGGCCACGGGGAAACGCCCUAAUAUGGCAAGCCUAUACACAUUUGGCUGCAGAGCCUAUGUACGAGAUCAGUCACUAAACCAGCAAAACAAGACGCUGAAAUCGAAACCUCGGAGGCUAGGGGGAUACUUAGUCGGAUACAAAGCCUCCAAUAUAUGGCUUAUCUGGAUCCCCAGCAAGCAGCGCAUCGAGGCGGCGAGGGACGUCAUAUUUGACGAAUCAAGCCUUUAUGACCCCGAGCAGCCGAAUGAUGAUUGGGAGCCACUGGCUACAGAUAUUGAUGAAAUUGAUGAUGUUCAACCCAAUACUGAUGGAGAAACGACAUACGAGGGUGUGGAUGAUUGUCAAAAUAAGGUAGUGUCACGUGAUCUUAAUGCAGUCUCUGAUUCGCCAGAAAAUGCGGGGCGGGAAAUUGUCCAAUCAGAAGCAGGAAAUGGCUCUACCUCACCACCACCAGGUCAACUGCCAACGCCAGAAUCGACUUCUACAGCAAUGCCAGGAUCAUGGGAUUUUAACCCAGCCGCAUCAUCAGCAGAACCUCCAGAUCGAGAAACAGUAACAGAACCCCCAGAUCGAGCAGACUCGCCUAGUCAUUGGCUGCUUGAGUCGCUAGAGGAAGCUACGGAGGCAGCUGUCGAAGCAGAUGUUGAUCGCGAUGUUACUCCAACGCCGACAUCGCGCUCAGGGGGUGGGAUACUGGAUAAUCAGUCAAGCUCACGGCCAAUCAGAAGAAGAAAUCGAGAAGGAUUGGAUCAAUCAUUGAUUAUCGAAGGCAAGCGCGAGAGACGAAGAAAUCGAGACCCAAAUUACGAAUAUGGAAGCUUCCUGCCUUUACCACCCAGAUCAUGGAAUGAGCUGCUUAAGCAUCCAUUAAAGCAAGAUUUUAUACUUGCAGCAGGCAAGGAAUAUACAGGAUUGAAGCAGAAGGAAACCUUCAAGGUUGUCGACAUCAAUGAAGCUGCAAAUCAUGAGAUAUUGCCAGUCAUAUGGAUAUUUACAUACAAGUUUGACGAAAAUGGCAAUUAUCUCAAGGCCAAAGCGAGAAUCUGCGUACGAGGAGACCUUCAGGCACGAUCGGCAGAGGAAAAUCGCGCAGGAACUGCAUCGGCACGAGCUUUUAGAUCUCUAAUGGCUCUGGUUGCUGCAUUUGACCUUGAUACAGACCAGAAAGAUGCAAUCAAUGCGUUUUUAAAUGCCUGGCUGGAUCAGGUAAUAUAUGCAAGAAUGCCAGAAGGGUUCAAGCAACCGGGAAAGGUUUGGAAGGUUUUAAAAGCAUUAUAUGGCCUUCGGAAAUCACCUAAACUGUGGCAGGAAGAGCUAUCUGCAAUGCUUCAGGAAUAUGGGCUUGAGGCCGUUCCUGAAGAAGAAUGCCUCUUUACUAGCAUUAAUCUGCUAGUAUUAUUCUAUGUUGAUGAUAUUAUUAUCAUCAAUAGGCCUACCCCGGAAGCUCGUACAGAGGCAAACCGAUUCAAAGAAGCCCUAGAGGCUCGAUAUGAGCUAAGACAUAUGGGGGAGGUUGGAUGGUUUCUGAACAUCCGAGUUAUUCGAGAUCGACCCAACAGGAAGCUUUGGCUAUGCCAGGAUGCUUAUAUGGAUCAGAUGGCUGCAAAGUUUCACUUAAAUGACAUGACGAGAUGGCCAGAAACACCCUUACAGCCAAAUAUGAAGCUGCUGCAUAACGAAGAGCAAGCUACACCAGGCCAGAUCCAUGAAUACCAGCAGAAAACCGGCUCAGCUCUAUUUCCAACAAUCAUUACCAGGCCUGAUGCAGCCCUAGCCGUCAACGAGCUUGCAAGAUUCUCUAGGAACCCAUCGCCAAGUCAUAUGGAAGCGAUUAAUCAAGUCAUUGCCUACCUAUAUCAUACACGAUAUCUAGCGCUUGAAUUCAGCGCAAGUGAGUAUGCUGAUGAGAUCUUCAUAUGCACGAGUGAUGCCUCAUUUGCCAAUAAUGAAGACAGAAAAAGCACCGGAGGUUACCUAUGCAAGCUCUUUGGGGCUCCAAUUGAAUGGAAAUCCGGCAAGCAACGAGCUGUCACGACCUCUACAACAGAAGCGGAAUAUGUCGCUCUAGCAGAAGCUGCUAAGGCAACAUAUUGGUGGCGUCGAGUUUUCAAAUCAUUGGAAUUUGACCCUGGUCAUACAUUUGCUCGCAACGAAGCAAGCUACGCCAUGUUGAUAUCAACAGAUCAUGGCUCCGGCAGGAGGUCCAGGAAGGGAGACUUCAUAUCAAAUGGAUCCCUACCAAUCAGAUGA